AUGCCAAGGUUUCCUGAUCAAUAUCGAUUCCCGCCCAACCUUGCACGCAUACGUCUACAUUUGCAGGAUGGAGGAGGAUCCAAUGCCGAUUCUGGAAAAGUUGCUUCAUUUAAAGAUCGGUUGUUUAUCAUCAUGGUUUCGUCGGGAGGAGAAUGGUGUGCUCAAAAGGUGGAUUUCCCAGUUAUUUAUCUAGAAUAUCCAAGCAAAGAGUUGGAAGAGUGGAUCGUAGAAGAAGGGUCAAUGCCAUGUCUUCGUUCUUUGGUAAUAGAUGAUUGCAAAAAGUUGAAGGAGCUGCCGGAUGGGCUGAAGUAUAUAACUUCCUUAAAGGAACUGGAAAUUAAAACAUGA